GAACCGUCCGCUCGGUCUGGAGAGUAGGAGUUACAAAACACAACCAUCUGUGGGAUUUUAUGCUUCUAAAGCCUAAGCAAAAAGGGUGCAGCAUUUCCUAACGCUUUAAACAACCCUUGAGUUACUGGUCGGCCAGUAUUUGCAAUAACCGCAGAAAGACGCAAAAGCACCCGAAAAGCGCUGGUUUUCCUGCUAUCAAACGAAAACAGCGUGCUUUAACUGUGCUGGUCUUGUUGGAAUGAAUAUAUCUGAGUCUAUUUGUUGUCAAGAGGCCAGUUCUCAGCCCAGCCAGGUUGUGGAGCGUGGAGCAUGGGGUGCCCCAUCCUGCACUCCGGGCCCUGACAGGGGGCAUGGUUUUAACCACAGCCGGACCACAGAGCUGGUGCCGGUGCCCGGCUCUGGAACUCGGACGGGGUCACGAACCGGGAGCAACGGAGGAGCGACAGUGGCCAGGGCAGGAAGCCUGGACUCAACCCGCCCCGGGGCUUUGACCCUGGGCUCUAGCGAGGGAAAAUCAGGGCCGGAUUCACGGAUCAGGAGGCCGAUGAACGCUUUCAUGGUGUGGGCGAAAGAUGAGCGAAAACGACUGGCUGUGCAGAACCCGGACCUGCACAACGCUGUGCUCAGUAAGAUGCUCGGUCAGUCCUGGAAAGCUCUGAACACCCAAGACAAGCGUCCGUUUGUGGAGGAAGCCGAAAGACUCCGGCUGCAGCACCUCCAAGACCACCCGAACUACAAAUACCGCCCUCGACGUAAAAAACAGCCCAAGAAAAUGAAGCGCGUGGAACCAGGGCUGCUCCUUCAAGGCCUGGCCCACGGGGUCCCUGGAGGUCCAGGACCCGGAGAUGCAUAUUCCCCACACCGCCACACCCAUCACCUGCUGCCUCCUCUUGGACAUUUCCGAGAUCUCCACCCCUCGGGAGCUCAAGAGCUGGAGACUUACGGUCUGCCCACGCCAGAGAUGUCCCCGUUAGACGUGUUGGAGGAGGGAGGUGGAGAUUCUGUCUUCUUCCCUCCUCACAUGCAGGACGACGUCGGUUUGACAUCAUGGAUGAAUUACCACCAACAUCCAAACUCCGGUCACCACGGAGGCCAUCACCCUCUCACCGUACCUCAUCACAACUCCCAUAACCUCCAACAUUCCCACCCACAUCUCAACCAGAAAUCUCCACUUGCCUGCCUUCAACUGCAGGAGAAAUGUCUUGUGGUCGAGUCUACAAACUCUAACGCUCUCUAUCCUUCCCAGUCCAACAUGAGCCUACCGGACCCAUCCAAGGCUCCUCAUGCCCCCCGCGCUCCUACACCUGCGAGUUAUUACGGUCAGAUAUAUGGGAGCGGUCAACCCCAGCCUGCCUUCACUUCUCAUCUAGGCCAGCUGUCUCCACCACCCGAGACCCCUGUCACAUCCUCCGUCCCCCAGUUUCAGGCUCCUCAGCCCUCUCUGGAAUCAAUGGACCACCUAGGAACAUCAGCUGAGUUCUGGGGCGAAAUGGACAGGAUUGAGUUUGACCAAUACCUGAAUGCAAGCAGGACUCGAAUGAGCAGAAAUGCUCCAGGUGAGGAGAGCAGCGCUUUGAUAUCGGCCCUGUCCGAUGCAAGCAGCGCAGUCUACUACAGCACGUGCAUCACGGGAUAAAACUGCUUCUGAACUCAUGAGUCUUGACGUCUGGUGCACAUAUGACCUUCUGAGUCUCACAUUCAUUUCCGUUCAGAAGGUGUUUUGAAUCCUUUUUAAGUUAUAGUUCACUCAAGAAUUUUAAUAAUGUCAUCAUUUAUUCACCCUCAUGUCAUUCCAGACCUUCUGCAGAACCCAAAAUAAGAUAUUUUCAUGAAUGUUGGUAACCAAACAACAUUGAUCCCAUUGACCUCCAUUGUAUGGACAUAAAACCACCAAGAGAUUUCUCAAAAUAUCUUCCACAGAAGAAAGUUGACAGAAUUUUUCUUUUUGGGUGAACUAUCCCUUUAAAUAAGGGAGGUUGUUACCAAACUGUUCUGUUCUCAUGGUGUAAUCUGCACAAAAUCACAUUUCACAGCAUCAUUUCUAGGCUCGAUAACCUGUACUUUCUGAGACUGUGGUCAAACUAAAACGAUCAUUUUGCUGACUCCAUCCAGCUACUGUAUUUUUACGGUCUCAGUUCAGGGUACUAGGAUGUGGAAGUCAAGAAUGUGAAUAUUUUUUAUACAUACAGUAUACUGUAUAUCUAUUGCUUUUUAUAUUUGUUUAUUUCUAUUUUUAUAGAAAUUGUAUAUAAUGUUGUAUUGAAAACUGUUUUGCACUGGGUAUGGGACAACCACUCUGAGCUUUUUUUUGUACUGCACUUAAUAUCUUUCAAGUAUACUGUCUCAUGCCAGAGACGUCAGAUCCAUGUAAAAACAAUCUAAAGAAUUUAGAUCAUUUGACAACUAUGAUAUAUUCAGGGGUUUUUUUUCUAUUCCUGUGUAACUGAAUACAUUUGAAUUGGGCAUUUCAUGUGAUAGAAUUUAUUUUGUAAUCUUCAGCUUUUGAGGAACAUGUUGAGUCAGCAAUAACUUUCCCCUUUUGGUAAUAAUUAUCUUCAAAUAAAAAGAGUUUUCCAAAAAAAUGUCUCCGAGCUAUUAAAUCAACACAAAUUGAAAACACACAAUUGUACAUAGCAUUUCACUAAAACACUUUCCCACACCACAGAGCGCAUGUGUUUUUCGAGAGUCUCUUUUUGCUUAAGAACAGCUUUUCUUUUUAUUGACCAAAGAAAUUUGUAUUGCACGUCUUGUAUGAAUAUUUUGCAAAAU